AUGGGGUGGUGGUGGGUGCUGGCUCCCUGGCUCCCUGGAAACCCAGGCAUCAAGGCAGGGGGGCUUGCCUUGCGGCAAUGGGUGGCCCUGGCAUCCUGGCUCCCUGCGGUGCACUCCUGCCUGCUCUGCUUUGGGCCUCCCAGUCAGCGCGAACAGCUCUGCCAUGACAUUACUGGGGCCCCCCUCAAGGACCCUCGACAUCAACGCUGCCUUGAGGCCCUUGCCCAGGCUGCUGAGCCACUUUCCUCUGUCACUGUGGGGUCGGGGCAGCGUGAUGUACUUCGGGAGAUCGUCAUGGAUGCCCUGCAUUUUCUGGAGAAGCAGAGCAAGACGAAGCCCUUUGAGGUGUCUCUACAGGCAGCCGUCAACGUAAUCUGGGCGAAGCUGAGCCAUCUGGAGAAAGCUCCAGCCUGUGUCCCACCUUGUGGAUACCAGCCAGCUGCUCGUGUCUUCCAGUGUGCUACCUGCCGCCUCGUGGACUGCCAGUUUCCCCUGGAUUGCCCAGUGCAGGUCCUGCGGGCCCAAACAGAUGAAACCGUCACACUGCACUGCUCUGUGCCCUUUGCCACCCUCCCUGGCCUGCCCGUUACCUGGAUGUUUGCCAAGGACCUGUACACACAGGACCUGACACUGUUUGAGGAGCUGCAGGGAAGCACAGAGGGAUCUCGCAUUCUGAUCAUCCAUGACCCCAUUCCAGGAACCAUCGCCUGUUCCCUGGGGGAGGUUUAUGAGCCAUUGGUCCGCAAGUACUUCUACCUCAACGUAUCAGAGGGAAGUGUGGAGGACGAGCACAGACUCCAGGCUCGGUUCAGAGCUGUGCUACAUUGGCCCCACAGCAAGACCCGCCUGCGCCACAUGGUAUUGCUGGGGCUGGCACUUGGCUCCAUGGCGCUCGUGCUGCUGCUGGUGUGA